AUGGUCAACUUCAUCGAUCAUUACAGCAACUACUGCCGCGUGUUUCUCGCGCCUACCAAGGACAAGGCCGCCAAGAAGUUCGAACACUUCGUUGCGUGGUUCGAAAAGCGUUUCGACUGCCGAAUCCAUGUGCUUCGCACAGAUGGAGGCGGCGAGUACAUGAACGUUGAUCUGUUUUGCAAGGCAGCAGGCGUCGAGCGACAGAAGAGUGAAGCUCGCAACCAGGCUUCAAACGGAAAGGCGGAGCGAAUGCAUCGCACUGUGCUUAACAUGGCGCGAAUUCCAACCAGUGCGAAUGCACGCCGCGCGUCGCCACUACAGAUGCUGACGAAGCAGACACCAGACCUGCGCGAGAUCGUUGCGUUCGGGUCGAUCUGCACGGUGUAUCGCUAUCCACGCAAGAACUCGCUCAAGCAACGAGCGCAAGUGGGAGUGAUCGUCGGUCGUAGCGACGAAACUAAGGGGUACCGCGUGUUUUUAAAGAAAGACAACGUCGUCGUCGUCACACAACACGUGAAGAACAUUGAAACGAUCAGUGACGAGCAGAACGAUCGGUUGCAGCGCGUACUCGAUGACGCAGAUAAGGACGAACGUGCGAUUGCGCAAGCACCGAAGGAUGCUACAAAGAGGAAGAAGCAGUGGACGCGCACAGCACACGGCACUCGAAGCGCAUCGAAGCGUGCUCAAGUGUCUGCAGCUCAGGAGGAGCCUGCAAGCGCGAUCGACAUCGCCGCUCACCUGUACGAACGUGAUCCGACCAACUACAGCGAGGCAAUGCAGAGCACGAAGCGUCCCGACUGGGAAAAAGCGAUGCGUGAAGAAAUCGCAGCGCUUGAAGCGAACGAUGUGGGGCGUGUGAUCAAGCGCCCUGCCGGUAGCAACGCGCUGCAUAGCAAGUGGGUUUACAAAACAAUAACCGAUGCACAUGGCGACCUGGAGCGCUACAAGGCUCGACUGGUCGCAUGUGGCAAUGAACAGGUGUUCCGCAUCGACUACCAGCUCACCUUCGCGGCCGUAAUGGACAUGUCGACCGUGAAGGUUAUUAUCGCGCUUGCAGCAACAUGCAAUGUGCCAGCCAAACACGGGGACAUUCCAAAUGCCUACGUUCACGCAAAUAAGGAAGCGAACCUCGAGAUCCUGCUUAAAGUACCACGCGGCAUGGAGGUGAACGACACGACGUUGCAGCAAUUAGGAGCAAAGGACAAGCAAGGUGUCGUGCUGCAGCUCAAGAAGAGCUUAUAUGGGUUAAAGCAGGCGGGACGCCUGUGGAGCCAGUUGCUACACUCAAGCCUCACCGAUGCCGGUUUCCUACGUUGUUGCUCGGACAUGUGUUUGUACUGGAAGAAUGAAGGAGCCGAGCUCGUCGUCGUAGGAGCGUACGUCGACUAUUUCCUCGUGACCGGCACCAGCACUGCAGUUGUCGAUCGUUUCUUUGUGAGCUUAUCGACACUCGCGAUUAAGGAUCUCGGCGAAGUAAGCAAGUUUCUGGGAAUGCGCGUCACGCGUGACGGCUCAAGCUACACGCUUGAUCAAGAGGAAUCGAUCAAGGACCUGCUGCGCGAGCACGGCCUCGAGGCGGCGAACCCGACGCGCGCUCCAAUUAGUGCCGACUGCUACGACGCCGACGAAGGCGACAUGAAGAUGCUAAAGGUCUUGUCGUCGUCUGGAGAGCCAACAGUGAAGUCGUUCCAGUCGCUCGUCGGCAGUUUGCUUUGGAUAGCACGUUGCACGCGUCCAGAUGUCGCGUUUGCGGUGCAUAAAGCAACUCGACAGACGCACGCACCUCGGCUCAAGGACUGGAAGUUGGCGAAGCGUAUUGCUCGCUAUCUCAAGGGCACAACUGCCUUGAAAUUGAUCAUGACUCCAGUGCAUGACGCGAGCUCUCCAAUUACGCUCGAGGCGUACAGCGACGCUGAUUACGCCGCGGACAAGAGCGACCGCAAGUCCCUAACUGGCAGUGUCGUGCUCGUGAACGGCAUGGCUGUCAGCUGGGCGUCGCGCAAGCAAGGCGGCGUGACACUCUCGACCAUGGAGGCCGAGUUUGUGGCCGCGUCGGAGACUGCACGAGAACUUCUCGGCAUUCGAGAGAUGCUCGGUGAGGUGGGCAUGGCACCUGAGCUGACCAUGACGCUUCAUGUUGACAACCAAGCAGCGAUACGACAGCUCGACGGCGAAGCGACAUCGAUGAAGGCGAAGCACAUCGACGUGCGAGUCAAGUUUGUGUGCGAUUUCGUGCGUCGUGGCGUGAUCAAGGCUCAAUACGUCCACACAGACGAACAGCUUGCCGACGCACUGACAAAAGCCCUCGACGCGCCAAGCUCGCAGCGAUGA